CAUAGUUCAAGGUUGUUUGCCCUUUAAAUAAAUACCGCUUACAAAAGUUGCUUUAAUUUGUACACGUUUUCAGACGAGUGCGCACGUGUACCAGUGUUUACUAACAGACAUAGUCCGAGGACACCACAGAGCAGUCCUUGCUGACGAGAUUCCAUGAAAUAUGGCGGAGUUUCCAAAGAAUGAAAGGCAUGAUUUUGAUCUGGAAGUUGUUCAUCAAGGCUUCCUGCGAUGUCGACAGAACAACGAUCAGCUGAUCGUGAGAGAUUACCUGGAGGCCUAUCACGAACUGAACAGAUUCUUCCGAUUAAGUGGCAGAUUGUUUGGAUUUGUAGCAAAGGACCUGGAAGAGAAAAUACACGUCUUGGAGAGUCACAUGAAUGGUCCUAAUGGUCAACAUUACAAUACCAUCCAAUCAAUGGUCGAGUUCGAGGUCACAAACAAUAUUACAAAGGUUAAACACAAACUUCCUUCGGGAUCAAGGUCGUUGCUUCGUCUUCAUAGAGGAUUGGAAUUUAUUCUCGAGUUUAUGAAACGCUUAGGUCAAAGUUCAGAUGACGACAGGUCAUCAUUGAUAGCAGUAGAAACAUACAAAGACACUCUUUCUAGACAUCAUCCGUGGAUUGUGCAGAAAAUGGCGGGAGUUGCCAUGUACAUGUUACCCAGCAGACGACAACUUUUUGAAACAAUGUGCAAACAUGAUUACACACAUGUGUCAUCACUCCUAGAGUCCGUCGUCCACGUAGGAAAACCGGUGUAUGACAGAACACAGAAUAUUUAUGCGGAACAUGAAUUGCUUGAUUUACCUUGAUUAGUACACACUCUGUCUGUCAUCUAGCACUCUGAAGUGAACAAUAAUACUCAUUAUGCCCCCGAAAUCGAGGAUUAUGGGUUGCUAUAUAUUUUUUGCCCAGUCCGUCUGUCUAGCUGUCUGUCUGUUCGUUUUUUUGUCCACAAAACUUUAACCUUUACUAUAACUUUUGAGUGGAUGGAUCUAUAAUGGCUUUCAUAUUUCUCAGGUGUAUUCCUUGUGAUAAGACCUUUAUUGGAGUUCCACCAAAUUUGACCCAUUGACCUUGGGGAUUUAACCCACUUUUACAAAAAAUACUUAGUGUAUUCCUAAUGACAAGACUCUCUUUUGGAUACCUAUAAUUUUAACCUUUUGACCUUCGAAUUUCACUUCCAAUUGAGAAACUUUAACUUUGUUAUAUGCUGCCAUACGGGGACCUCAGUGUUUCGCAAACAUAUCUUUUUUUUAAGGAAUCCAUACAUAUCCAAUAAUUGUGAUAAUCUCGAUCAAACAUGGGCAUUUCCAAGCUUAAUUGAGUAAAAUCUAACUAUUUAAAUGUAUCCAUAUGCAGUAUUACUAGUAUAAUAUAUUUUUAUAUUUACAAAUUAUCGGUUCAUGUUAACAGGGGAGUGCCUGGUACUGAUCGAGCAGUAACAUUUCCUGAAAAAAGGGAGACAUGUUUUAUACCCUUAAAAAAGUUUAAAUCCAAAAGUUGAUGUACAUGGGUAUACACACGUUAGUUUCAUUUUUCCAGUACUAAAAGAUUUGCUUUUACAUAUAAUUGCACUAACAGGUUGUCAUCGUUGAAUAUUGUGAUUGUUUCAAACUAUCACUUGACAGAUAUUGUAAAAAUGAUUUAAGUAAAUGUAAAAUGUAUUAUU